AUGCACAGCACGCUUUCUCGCCUCAAUGCAGUCUCUGCACUCGCAACCACCAUCAUAUUGGCGCUCGUCGUACUCAUCGACGUGACCCGCAUCACCUCGCAUAAGCCCACCGGCAAAGUCGUCAUCAACCAACUCGAGGUGGUUCGCGCCAAAGCGGCAUGGCACAUGGAUCGCAACAUUCAAGAGUUUGUAGAGGUGGACUUCGACAUCGAUGCCGACUUCGCACCGCUCUUUGAUUGGAACACCAAGCAGGUGUUCGUCAGUCUGAGCGCGAGUUAUGAUUCCACCAAACAUGUUUCGAACGAAGUUGUAAUCUGGGAUCGAAUCCUGCGUAGCAAGCAGGACGCACACGUAGCACUGAACACCGCCAAAAACAAGUACGGCUUCCGAGAAGUCGGUCGCAGCUUCAAAGACAUCGCAAACACAACCUUCACCCUCAAAUACAACGUCAUGCCCAAAGUAGGCCUCCUCCACUACGCAGACGAAUUCACCUCCCACUCGAUCCUAAUUCCACCAAAGAAGCUCCUGGAAAACGGCGAACAGCCAAGAAUCCAACGCUUGUACUACUAG